AUGCAGAACAGUAGCCAUGGUCCCUCAGAUAAUAAACAUGAUAUGCUUCACAUCACACUUCAUCAAAUAAGUUUUCUUAUAACAGGCUUAUGCACAACAUUGGGGAUGCAAUGGUUGUUUUAUAAAGGCGCUGCAACUUCCAUGAGUUUAUUGCCUCAAUUGUCGAGCUACACAGGGAUGCUAUUAAUAGGCGCAUUCAUCCCUUUCUUAAUCCGAAGAAAAAGCAGAAGGAAAUCCAUGCAAUAUAAUAUGCUACCAUCGACCAGUGCAACUGAAGAUCAUCCCAUGAAUUUGCUGGAGCAACAGCUACUUUCAGCAGAUACACUCAGCUUAUCACUAACAGCACUAAAUGUAGAAAGUAAAGAGGAAACAAAGGGAUUUGAGGACCAAGACCUGUCUUUGGACACUAGUUGUUAUGAAGAGCAAUCAACAGCAGCAAAAGAAGAACAGGAUUCAAUACAUGCACCUGUUCCUCAUUUGAAAAUAAUAAAAUUAGCAACAUUGGAAUUGUUCUCAAGCGUUACGUUGACGAUAGGGUUUUCCAUCAUCGGCAGUGGGAUGUACCAAGUCAUCUACAGUAGUGUGGUCAUUUGGUGUGCUAUUUUGACGUGGAUAUUUAUGAAACAAUCCUUGUCGAAAAUACAAUGGUUAGCCAUUAUCGGCACCAGCAUUGGCUUGGGUAUCUGUUCAUUCGAUAAUUUCAGAGCCCCGCCACUGCAACAAACAUCAUUAGAUUUAGAGUUACCAAUGACGUUUAAUGAUAAUACAAGUCAGGUCAGUAGUCAUACAGUCACAUUGGGCGGUACGCUUAUUUCUGCGUGUAUAUAUGUGUAUUCUGACAAGGUCCUGUCAAGCAGCAACGAUAAAGGUAAACAGCCUUUACCCGCUAAAAUAUGCUGCUGGAUGGGUGUCUACACCUCAUGCUAUACAUGGAUUUGGAUGUUCAUUUAUACCUUACCAAGAUUUGCUGACAUUAUUCACAUUGACGCGAACACAACAACUUUCGAGGUGACACUCGCUUACACUAUUGUGACAGUGGCACAUACAUUACAUUCCUAUAAUUAUUACGAACUUAUUGAUCGUACCGGCAACGUUGCUACUGGCAUUUUACAAGGUUUACGCGCCAUUCUCGUCUAUGCUAUUAGCCAUGCUUCCUUUUGUCAAAACGACUCGGCACAGUGCUUUACAGCAUCGAAAGGUUUUGGCUCACUCGUUGUUAUUGGUUGUGUCUUACUAUUCACGUUAGCCUAUUGGAGACCCUGGAUGGUGGAGCAAUUUAUAAACACCCAAUGUACUAUGAUGACCUACGGGGAAUUUAACCUUCCUCCGUCUUGCAUUAGUCCACAAUUAAGACAAGGAAAAUGGGCAAAAACAAAGAGAAAGAAAAACUCUUUCUCAAAAUCUACAUGA